AUCUUGGCAAUGAAAUUAUCUGGUAUGAGGGGAAUCUCUGCCACCAAUGUGAUUCAUAAGCCAAACACCCCCUUAUCCUUUCACACCCAUUCUCAGUUUCUCAUUUCCACAAUUCCACUUACUUUAACUUCACCCAUUGUCCCAACUCCCAACCACAAGUGGUUUGUUUAGUUGGUCACUUGCACAUCACGAUCAACCUCACCACUUAUAAACCCAAAAUCCCUCCAACAACUCAACACAACCAACCAUUCCUAUUUCAUGGCUCUCAUCACCUCCCAACCCAAAAACCUCAUUCUCCACCGCCCAAUUCCACGGUUGGCCACCACCGUUCUUGGCCUUGGGUCCUUCUCUCACAAUGUCUUGCCCAUUAAAAAUUCAAACUUUGACCCAAAGACAAGCAAAAUUUCCCUUAAAAACCACCCCUUUACCUAUAAUUUGGCAGUGAUGGCCAAAGCCCAACCCAAUGCUGCAUUUGGAGAAGGCUUUGAGGCAGAAAAAGGGGAAUCGAAACACAGAAAGAUUUUGUUGUCUGAGGUUGAGGUGAAGAGAGAGAGGAGAGUUUUCUUUGGGAGGAAAUGGAACACUUUGGGUGUUGUCACUGCUGGAAUUGUAUUAGCCAUGCAUGUUCUUUCUCUCUUUGCUCCAUUUCAUUUCAAUUGGCCUGCUUUUUGUGUGGCUCUGGCUCUCUAUGUUGUCACUGGCCUUUUUGGCAUCACUCUUUCUUUCCAUAGGAACCUUUCUCAUAGGAGUUUCAAGCUUCCCAAAUGGCUUGAAUAUUUAUUUGCCUAUUGUGGAGUUCUGGCUCUUCAGGGGAACCCAAUUGAUUGGGUGAGCACACAUAGGUACCAUCACCAGUUUUGUGAUUCUGAGAGAGACCCUCAUAGCCCCACUGAAGGAUUCUGGUUCAGCCAUAUGGGUUGGCUCUUUGAUACCAAUUCUGUCAUAGAAAGGUGUGGAGAGCCAAAUAAUGUUGGUGAUUUAGAGAAACAAUCCUUCUAUAGGUUUCUCAGAAGCACUUAUAUUGUCCACCCUUUUGCUUUGGGAGCCCUUCUAUAUGCCACAGGAGGAUUUCCUUUUAUUGUUUGGGGAAUGGGAGUGAGGAUUGUUUGGGUUUAUCACAUAACAUGGUUUGUAAAUUCAGCUUGCCAUGUGUGGGGGAACCAGGCUUGGAACACCAAGGACUUGUCCAGAAAUAAUUGGUGGGUGGCGUUGCUUGCAUUUGGUGAGGGUUGGCACAAUAACCACCAUGCUUUUGAGUUCUCAGCUAGACAUGGACUAGAGUGGUGGCAACUAGACAUGACUUGGUACGUUGUCAGAUUUCUCCAAGCCAUUGGGUUGGCCACUGAUGUCAAGUUACCCACAGAAACUCAGAAGCAGAGAAUGGCAUUGAAUAGUGACAUAAUAGCCACAUGAAACAAUUUUUUAAUCAUGGCCAAGGAUAAAAAAAUGUUAAAAAUAGUAAUAAUAAUAAUAAUAACAACAAAAUGAAAGAAAGGGAUUUGAGAGGUACUUGUUGUGGCACAAGGUUUUGGUAGGAAAUUGUUCUUUUGGGUCUUGCUUUCAGCCAUCAUGGAUCAUGAAUGCUGGAUUUGACCAUGUAUAUGCGACUAUAACAUUAUAACUAAUAUUACUAUUGAUUAACACAGAAGAAUAUUUAAUUAUUA